AUGGCGAGCGACAAUGUGUUUUGGGGAUGGAGACAAACUUGGGGACCUACAUCUUGGCGGACGCCCUGCAGUUCCGAUGGUCUUGUAUCUCAAGAGGAAGAACGGACUUCCGGGAAGGUGAGCAUGCAGGCGUUCCCCCGUCAGCACCCUCUGAGCAAACUUGCGACGGCAAGGUCUAGAUCUUUUGUUGCGGUAGACGGGAAUGAGUAUCAGUGGAGACCAGGCUCUCGCCGUCUCGAGUGCUACGACAAAAACGACAGGCUCAUCGCUCUCUAUGAGUGGCUUCUUGACGGCCCGAGUCAUGCUCGAUUGGAGAUAAAAAUUGGAGGAUGGCACAUCCUUUCUGAGCUUAUAACCACAUUGUUGCUGAACCGCUACGCCAUCCGAUACGAAGCUUAA